GAGGAUCGCGACGGGCGAAAUUAAACGCUGUCAGUCAGAGCUGGGGACGGCACCUGUCAAUCAAAAACGUCCGUUAUAAAGUCGCUCCGCUUUCGCGCUGCCGAGUCAAAGGCGGGAAAAGAACGCAGGGACCGAUUCAUUCCUUAAGCGCGCGGAGUUUAUUCGAGUAUAGACGCAGUUUUGAGAGAGUAUAUCUUUCUCUCUGCACAUACUGCCAACUCUGUCUUCGUUUACCAAUCUAUCACAGUGGAAAUGGAUAAAUUACCUGCUAUGAAUAUCAGCGCUGGCAACAGUUCCGUGGAUAGACGCUCGUUUCUGGAGAGAAGUGGCUAUCAGCACCUGGAUCACGGAGAUCUGAAGGUUUUGAUUCCAGUGGUGCUAGGAAUCAUCUGCGUCCUGGGUUUCACCGGGAAUGUAACUGCUAUGGGAGUCCUGAUUUCCAACGCCCGUAAAGGUAAGCUGUCCUUGAUCAACGCGCUCAUCCUCAACCUCAUGUUGGCUGAUGGUCUGGUCUUGGCAUUUGCUGUUCCCUUCAAAGCCACUGCUUAUUCCCGUGCAAGCUGGACCCUGGGAUUGUUUGUCUGUAAGACCUGUGACUGGUUCUUGCACUCCUGCAUGGCUGCAAAGAGCUUCACUGUGGCCAUCAUGGCCAAAGCUUGCUACAGGUACGUCAGUAACCCCACCAAGCAGGUGACCAUCCGUUUGAAGACUAUCCUGAUAGUCCUCUUCUUCACUUGGCUCUUGGCGUGCGUGGUCCCAAUUCCCCAGUGGCUUUUUUCCACCCUGCAAAAAGAAGGAAACAGAAUGAUUUGUGUUCAAGCAGUGCCUGUUGAUGCCCAUGAUUUUAUGUCCGUGUACGCCAAGGUGUAUCCUCUUCUGGCCUACUGUACACCUUUGAGUUUUGCUCUGCUUUAUUUCUGGAAGGCGUAUGGACGAUGUCAGCGCAGGUCCAGCAAAACCCAGAACCUGCGGACACAGAUCCGAUCCCGCAAAAUCACCCUGAUGCUAUUCAGCCUGACAGUGGCCAUGGCCACCAUGUGGCUCCCGCAAUGGGUUGCCUGGGUUUGGAUGCGGCACGCGCUGGAGACUGAAGGUGCUUUCCCUCCGGUCCUCUUCACUCUCUCCGCCCAGCUCCUCAUGUUCUCCAUCUCUCUAGUCAACCCUCUCAUCGUUCUCGCCCUCUCAGAGGAAUUCAGAGAGGGCUACAUUGGCUUGUGGCGUAGGCUCACCCUCCGCAAGCAACCUCCAAAACACAAGCCAGGACCACACACCCCGACCGCCCCAAAGUCGCCAACCCCAAGACCGGAGACAUCAGCCCACCUCCCUCCACACCAGCCAGGGCGAAUAGAGGAGAAGCCUGAGAAGCAACCGGACCAAUGUGAAGGACAGCAGGAGAGCCCGACCAACAAGGAUGGAAUUGUACUGCAAGAUGUAGAGCAGUUUUGGCAAGAGAGGGAAACUGGCUCCCAGUCACAGGAAAAUGAUCCUAUACCCUGGGAGCACCAAAAUCCCAAGGAAGGAAAAUAGUAAGACAGCAUGAAUCUACCCUCCUCUUCUUUUUCAUUUUAUCAACAUGAAAGAAAGAAAAAAAAAAAAAAAACAUACAACAGAUCAGACCUCACCUGAACUCAAAAUUAAUUUAAUUGAGUUUGUGUAUGUGUUUAACUCUUAUUAAAAAGAGAGGGGAAAAAAAAAAGAGAAAACUGGUUUGGUAUAAUUCAUUAGAAGUAUAUGGAAAUGACUUUGUAUUAAUUGUAUUGUAUUAUGUUGUUAAAAAUUAUGUAUUAUAUAAUAAAAUAGGUAGAGAUAACACUAAAACCAGUGUUGUGACAUUGAUGAAAAGCUGUGCAUAGCUCCCUCCUGCCUAAUAAAAAUUUGAUGUUGAAAUCUUACUUUUAUUGCUACCUGAAUCAUUCACACAAUAAGAUGGCAAUAAAAUGUCUACAGAAUGAAUAUGUUAUAAAAGAAAAUAUUUAGGGCAUGCAUGUAUGUAAAAUAAACUGUAAUAUAUUA